AUGGCUGCCACACCUGGUAGUCAGGGUUCCUGCCCCUGCUGCCCCAAGCAAGGUGACUCUGUUCUCAGCAUGAACCACCGGAGGUUCCCUCAGCAGACCCUAAAUGAAAAGAUUGCUGUCCACUGUACUGUCCGUGGAGCCAAGGCAGAAGAAAUUCUGGAGAAAGGCCUGAAGGUGCGGGAGUAUGAGUUACGGAAAAGUAACUUCUCAGAGACUGGGAAUUUCAGCUUUGGGAUUCAAGAGCACAUUGACCUGGGCAUCAAAUAUGGCCCAAGCAUUGGGAUCUACGGCCUGGACUUCUGUGUGGUGCUAGGCAGGCCAGGUUUCAGCAUCGCAGAUAAGAAGUGCAAGACAGGCUACAUUGGGGCCAAAAACGGAAUCAGCAAAGAGGAAGCCGUGCGCUGAUUCCAGCAGAAGUAUGAUGGGAUCAUCCUUCCUGGCAAAUCAAUUUUAUCCAAAAGGCCAAUAAAAUUUUU